GUUAGACUGUCACUGUGUGGAAUUCAUUUUCUUGAUACUUUAAAAAAAAAAAAAUUUUUUUUUUCAUGAUAGAUUUUUUUUCCCCUUGUCAAAAAAGUAAAUUUUUUUUUUUAAAGCUUAAAGCAUAAUGCUUAGAGAAUCCAGUAGGAACCUGAAACAUCUUGAAGUUGUCUGAAGAUUCUUCAAUCACUAUGUCAAGCGACACAGAUAUUUCUCUUUCUUCAUAUGAUGAAGAUCAGGGAUCUAAACUUAUCCGAAAAGCUAGAGAGGCACCAUUUGUCCCCAUUGGAAUGGCAGGUUUUGCAGCAAUUGUUGCAUAUGGAUUAUACAGAUUGAAGAGCAGGGGACAUACUAAAAUGUCUGUUCACCUGAUCCACAUGCGUGUGGCAGCCCAAGGCUUUGUUGUGGGAGCAAUGGCUCUUGGUAUGGGCUAUUCCCUGUAUCAAGAAUUCUGGGGGAAACCUAACCCUUAGAAGAGGAGAUGCUGUCUUGGUCGUCUUGGUGGUGCUUGCUUUAGUUAGACAUCUCAUAUUGAGGUUAUUAUAUGUUUAUGCUGAAAAUAAAUUGUUUGGGUCAGACAAGAACUUGGUAAUUUGAAAAUUGGCUUCCUUUCUUGCAGGCUUGAUUUGCCUGGUGACCAAGUUACUGGUGACUAGUUCACUAGCUAGGUCAUUCAGGGGAGUCAGACCAGCACAAAAGAAACAUGUCACUUUUAAAUACACUUGAUAGUGGUACCUGUCCACCUUAAACUCUUCUGUUGAAAUUAGUUCUAAAGAAGACAACAUGCCAAUCCUGAAAGUGCUCCCAGUUGCUGCAGAAUAUCAUAUGCUUUUGAUGUAAUGUAGGAAUCCUAUUUACCCCAGUUAAUUUAACUUUCUGACGGCCUUGUGGACUGAGUACUGUUUUAAGGGCUAGUUGGCUCUUGAGGAACCCUUUCAGAACAGUGCAUGGAAUACAACAUUACAAACCUCCCUGGAAGUCUGUGUGUGUUUUUAAACCAAAACUAAAAAGCUGGUAACAGAGCCACUUUGAAGUAGUAUUUAUUUUAGAAUCAUAGUUAUAAACAUGAGAGUAACUUGACUUGUGGAUCCCUUUUAGCUCUUUUGUAAUUGCAGAAUUACAUUUUGCUGCUGUUAUAUUAGAAUAAUUUUAAAUUAUUUUGAAACAUGUAUUUAAGUGCUAACACAAAGGUAAAUGAAAAACACUUUUUAAAUGUGUGCAGUAUGUUUAUUUUCUCCAAAAGUAUCAUCAACUAAAUAAAAUCCCUAUAAUGGAAGUCAUUGAUGAGCAAGCUGGUUUGGUCAGACAUUAUACAAACUUUGGUAUAUCACAGAAUGCUUUGUUGUACUUGUGAAAUUCUCGUCUAACCUGAAUUUACAUUCCAUGGUGAUAACAUGGUAAAUGUAGUGUUAUUAAAGUAAAUGAACACAUCA